CAGAACUCAUAAUUAUAAUGUUCUGGAUUCCGCUUAAAGGCCACAUAAACACAGCAGGAAAAUUACUCUCCUUGAGCAUGAAUGAGGAAGCUGCUUUACAGACGCGCCUGUUUUCCACACGUCACUCAAACACAGAAGCAGGAAGCUAUUUCAACUCGUCAGUUCAGGGAAACAGAAACUGAAGUAUUGUUGAGCUGUUGUGUGUUUGUGUCUCUCUGUAUUCAUGCAGUAAAAUGGCAGAAGCCAGAAUUUCAGUCGAUCAGAAUGAGUUCAUGUGUCCAGUGUGUCUGGAUCUCCUGAAGGAUCCAGUGACCAUUCCCUGCGGACACAGUUACUGUAAGAGCUGUAUUAUAUGCUGCUGGGAUCAGGAGGAUGAGAAGAGAGUCUACAGCUGUCCUCAGUGCAGACAGACCUUCAGUCCAAGACCUGCUUUAGGUAAAAACACCAUUCUGGCUGAAAUGGUGGAGAAACUGAAGAAGACUAAACCUCCUGGUGACUGUUACGUUGAAGCUGGAGACGUGCAGUGUGACGUCUGUACUGGAAGAAAACACAAAGCUGUCAAGUCCUGUCUGGUGUGUCAGGAGUCUUACUGUCAAACUCAUUUUGACCAUCAUGAGGAAUUUCACUCUCGUAAGCCACACAAAGUGAUCGAUGCCACUGGACGACUGCAGGACAUGAUCUGCCGUAAACAUGAUAAAGAGCUAGAAAUGUACUGUAUCACUGAUCAACAAUGCAUCUGUGUGCAGUGUAAGGAGUAUGAACAUAAAAACCACAACACUGUAUCAACUGCAGCACAGAGGACAGAGAAACAGAAACAGCUGAAGGAGACGCAGAUAAAGAUUCGUCAGAGAAUCCAGCAGAGACAGAAAGAUCUUCAGCAGCUGAGAGAGGCUGUGGAGUCUCAUAAGCGCUCUGCACAGACAGCAGUGGAGGACAGUGAGAGGAUCUUUACUGAGCUCAUUCACUCCAUUGAGAGAAGCCGCUCUGAGGUCACACAGCGGAUCAGAGAUCAGGAAAAGGCUGCAGUGAGUCGAGCUGAAGGACGACUGGAGCGACUGGAGCAGGAGAUCAAUGAUCUGAGGAGGAGAGACGCUGAGCUGGAGCAGCUUUCACACACACAUGAUCACAUCAAAUUCCUGCAGAGUUUCCAGUCUCUCUCAGCACCUCCCGAAUCUACAGGCGAAUCUAAUGAUCCCUUCAGUUCUCUCUUCUCUUUUGAUGGCAUGAGAGAAUCUGUCCGUCAGCUGAGAGACAAACUGGAGGAUUUCUGUAAAGGGGAGAUCAUAAAGAUCUCUGACAGAGUCACUUUCACUAACAUGAAUCCCAAGACCAAGAAUGACUUCCUACAGUAUUCCCAUCAGCUCACUCUGGAUCUGAACACAGUGCAUAAACGCCUCUGUCUGUCUGAAAGGAACAGAGUGAUUACUAACACUGACACAGUCCAGCCGUAUCCUGAUCAUCCAGACAGAUUUGAUUAUUAUCGUCAGGUGUUGUGUAGAGAGAGUGUGUGUGGACGCUGUUACUGGGAGAUUGAGUGGAGUGGGAAUAGUGUGCGUAUAUCAGUGUCAUAUAAGAGCAUCGGCAGGAAGGGACAGGGUUAUGAGUGUGCGUUUGGAUAUAAUGAUCAGUCCUGGAGUUUGGACUGCUAUUCCUCCAAAUACUCAUUCAUACAUAAUAAGAUAAAGACUGCUCUCCCUGUAAAGUCUAUCAGUGGUAAAAUAGGAGUGUAUGUGGAUCACAGUGCAGGAACUCUGUCCUUCUACAGCGUCUCUGACACAAUGAGCCUCAUCCACACAGUCCAGACCACAUUUACUCAGCCGCUCUAUCUUGGGUUUUAUGUUUGGUCUGGAUCAGUGAAACUGUGUUGAUGUUUCAGAAUAGAUUGUAGAGAGAUUUUACCCAUAAUACUUUGAGCUUCAUGAGAAAUCAGUAACAUUGAGAUGUUACAGGGUGUUAUUUCCUCUUCUUUACAUUAAUACAGCUGAACUUCUUAAACUGAAAUAACAGAAUAAAUGUGUGUAUUAAAUCCUCAUAGAGACAGCCCUUACGAAAAAGUGUGCUAUUAGUAUACUUCUUUUAAACUAAAAAUAAGAAAGUAUACUUUCAGUCUACUUUUUAUAUACUUCUCAGAAAUAUACUUUAUGUACUUCUCAGAAAUAUACUUAAAAUUGCACUUAAGUAUACUUGACUUAUACUGUCAGAAAAGUAUAUCCAUUGGUUUCACAGACAAGGCUUAAGCUAGUCCUAGACUAAAAUGCAUGUUUGAGCUGUUUUAACUGAAGGCAACUUGCUCUGACAUAUCUUAAAAUAUGUCACUGCCAUUGUUUUGUCUCAAGAUGCACACCGGUAAUGUUUUUUUCUUGGGUAUGUUUAUAAAAGCUACUUAAAUACCCUAAAUGAACUAAGGCCUAAUCCUGGCUUAGUCUAAGCCAUGUCUGUGAAACCGGGCCUAUGUAUAUUUGGACAAUACUUGUACUCAAUCUUUAGUAUACUUAAAAGUAUAAUUAAGUAUUCUAAGUAUACUUGGCUUAAUCUUUUGAUUGAGUAGCCUAUUAAAUACUUUUUUCACAUAGUUUUACAUACUUUCUUAUAAACUUACAUUGUUUGAAAAUAUUGAUUUAUAAAGAAAACAGAUAUGUUCCUUAAAUGAGUGUGUGAAUUUUUCUGUAGGCUAGUCCACUUGUAAUGUACAUGGGAAUUUACUUCAAAUCUACUUUACUCUUUCUCCGCCAUUCACUGAAUUUUAUCCAUGUUUUCACUGUUAUAUGGUAGGAGGUGCUGUUACACAUCUUCUGAAAGAGUACAGAAUCUCUGGAUCAAAACACAGGCGAAGAAGAAGCAGAAACAAGUGAUAGAAGAUUGUUCACGCAAAUGUAAAAUAACGUGAUCAUCAAACAGCAUGUAAAUCAAAACUGCCUAACUGAAAUGUCGACCCAGAACGAGCUAUAGGACUGUGAAGCUUUGGGGGUGUUAAUGGACUUGAUCUACUCCAUCUGUGUUUUGAUCAUCUUUCUGAAUCAUAUCCGGACGUAGUCUUUUACAAAAAUGCAAUUUUCUCAGCUUUUUGUUUAAAAUGUUGGCCUUUUUUAAUGAAACUUACCCACAUUUAAGUGCUGAUUAAAAAAAAAAAAAAAAAAAAGGAUUCAUGAAGCUAGAAUAAAAUGUUUUUAAAAUGGAAAGAGUUUAAGGUAUAUUUCAAGUUUUAAAAAAUGACACCUAAAUAGGAACAUAGUAUACGUAAAGUGCAAAAAUAAUAUAUAAAAAGUAAACCAUAAGUGUGAUGUUAUGUUCACUUAAAGAAAACUUACAAGUAUACUUGCACUAAAUUAGUAGUUUACUGAGAGUAUACUUCAAAGUGUACUUUCAUAUACUAAAAAUGUGCUACUAGUAUUAAAAUAGUAAACUACUAGUAUACUUAUAAGUUCACUUGUGGUACAGAUGCAUGAGAAAUGAGAAACGUAGCUGUGAACUGUGAACUAGUAAACUGUGCACUUAAAGUUCACUACUGUUACACUUAUAGUACACUUAAACGUAUACUUCCAAUUUAGUCCCAAGCAGUACUGAAAUAGUACACUUACAAGUUUGCUACUAGCAUACUUACUACAUGAAAUAUUCUUAAAAGUAUACUUGAACAUUACUUAAGUAUACUUCAUAAAAUGAACAUGAAGUAUACUUCUUUUUCAGAAGGGAGUAGUGUGCGCGCGCGCGUGUGUGUGUGUGUAUCAGUGCUUUUCUCAAACUCUAAUUGUUUUGAUGGAAAUCACAUUCAUUUAGUUUUUAUUGUAGUGACAAAUAAAUACAUAACUCAUUUUUAUUAUUACUAUCAAAAGCACCUUUCAGUUAAAUGAUCAAACACAGGGUUCAUUACAAAAUGAACAGAUUGAGGAUAGUGUGAUUUUGAAUAUUGAAAUAACAGAAACAUUUGUGAACAAUGUAAAGAGUGAAGAUGUGGAAAAUGAUAUUAGUAGUGGAGAAAAUAGUGUUAGGAAAAAAAAGACAUUUCAAAAUGUGAGGGAAAUUGUGCUGCAGAAGAUGAGGGAUGAAGAAACACUGGGAUUUCACAUAUUGGGUCACUUAUAGAGAAGCAAGAAGAAUACAAAAAAGAAAAAGUACAUAACUAUUUUCGUGAAGCUGCACUUUACUUUACUUCACCUUAAUCUUUUUCAUCUGGAAUCUUUUUCUUUUUAUCCAGAACUUCAAAGCUCACUGUUUUUUGCAACAUCAACACUGAUACUAUAAAUUUCUGGAAAGAACUAUAUUUUACAUCAACAACUUUAUCAAAUGUUGAGUCAAGAAAGCCAUAAUUUUCAAUAGAGAACAUGGUUAAAACUGUGUAAAAUCAGGGCAUUUUUGUGUAGAGUUUUGCAGAAAUCAUUAAGAGAAUUGGAAUGUGUGUGAAAACAUUUUAAAAAUUUUGAGAAAUGGGUCUUUGUUUUGAGAACUGAAUGAAUGGUUUUGGGAAAUUAUCACAAAUGAAUCAGUGUGUUAGCAAUCAAGAAAAACUGUGAUACAGACCCAUAAAACAGGACACAGUAAUAAACAUCAGUAGGCUAUUUAUCAACAUAUAUUUUACUAAAACACCAUAAUAAAAAUGCCCUGCAGAAAAUCA